AUGGCUUUAACAUUGUUUAUUGAGUGGAUUAGUAUUCUUUACAUCAUGGUAACUGUUUUAUUUUCUGAAACAUUUGUUUACAGCAAUCAGCUUCUCUUCAAUAAGAUCGACCAAAGGACAUCAUGCGCAGGACUGGAGUCGGCAGGACGAAAAAAACCGCCUCCAUUGUUAAGAUCAAGGACUUUGCCAGCUAUAGUGGUUCCAGGGGUUAACAUUUUACAUGCGCAUCUGGGAACCCAACCAGAUGAAAAAUCCCCUUCGGGUAGGAUUUCAUUCAGCAGAGAUGACUCGGUGGCUUUAGACCUACGAAGAAAAUCCGCAAUUUCGAGACUAUGCACCUCAGCAAACUACGGCCCUGAACGGAGCUCAGACGGUACAAUUUUGCUGAGGGUGCCAGCCCCACACAUAGUUGCCGCGAAAGCUCUCAAAGUGCAGAGUCCAGGCGGCAGCAACACUGCUCUAUUCAAAAUAGGCAAAUUAUUGAGCCAGGGGUGCUCAAAGAACCAAAUCGUCGUUGACGACACGAACGUAACAAGAAGACUGAGUUGGGAGAGAAGGGGUACAAUAAGUUCAAGACUACCAAGGUCGUCGAGCAUCGACUCCAUGGUGGAAGCUGUGUGGUCGGAAAGCCAGGACCCGCCCAUAGAACCGAUUAUCAUACCGGAAAAACGGCCAUCCUUGAGACCGGACAGGACAUUAGCUCUUGUUUCUCCUUCGGUGGGACGAAGGAUGAAGGGACAAAGAGGAGUGAACGGUGAGUGGGCAAAAUAA